AUGGCUCCGACGAUCAGAACCAUCGGAAGUUUCCGUACUCACCAAAAACACUUGAUCGAUUUCUACGGAGAAGACUUGAUCGUCACCGUUACGCCGACUGCCACCGUAAUCCGCCGCUGGAUUCGUAGCGUCCGCUCCUACAACCGUAAUCACUCAGUGCAUCCUCUCGUCGUCGGAGUCGGCGUUCAGUGGACACCGGAUAGUUCCGAUCCAGAUCCUCCACCGGAAACUCUCCAGCUAUGCGUCGGUAGUCGCUGUCUGAUCAUCCAACUAGGUCACAGUUACCGUCUCCCCAAAGUCCUCCGCACUUUCCUUGCCGAUCCCAAAACGACUUUCGUCGGCGUUUGGAACGGCCAAGACCAGAAAAAGCUCGCGGGAUGUAGCCAUAGGGUGGAGAUCAGGGAGAUUCUGGACUUAAGGCUGUACGUGAAAGAUUCGAGAGGGGCUAUGAUGCGGCUUUGUUCGUUUGAACAGAUCGUGAAGGAGCGUUUGGGUCGCGCGGGAGUGAGGUUGGAUCCGGCGAUUUGUAUGAGUGAUUGGGGAGUUUACAUCCUCAGCCAUGAUCAGGUACUUCAGGCGUCCAUUGAGUCGUGUGUUUGCUUCAAGCUCGCUGUUGAGGAACGUCUUUGGGAGCUGCAAAAUAUCAAAUGCAUGUAAAGUCGCUAAUCUUGUGAUUUGAUUAAGUUGUUCUUCACUGUUUUUAUCAAUGAACGUCUUCUAAUUUUUUUAAAAAAUUUAAACUUCAGAAAUG